UUUCCCAUGAUAACAUUAUCAGUUUCCGAGGUUGGGGUGAACAUACUGAUGCAAACGGGACUCCUUAUAUCUUCCUUGUGAUGGAACAUUUGGAAAAGAAUCUGAUGCAGUAUGUCCUAGAGCAAGUUUCGGAUGAUAAUAAAGGUCUCUCCUCUCGAAUCACCUGGGAAAUUUCGAAGCAAAUUGCUCAAGCACUGAAUUAUCUUCACAAUCUGAAACCUUCUAUUGUUCAUGCUGAUCUGAAACCAGACAAUAUUUUGGUCGACACUAAGCUUAUUAUUCCCAAACCAAAGAUUAUUGACUUUGGCCACUCUCGUCACGAUUCUUUAGUACACUCUGAAGAACAGAUGGAUCAGGAUGAGAACAGUUCUAUUGAUACACGAAAAGGCCACAAGAGAUACCGUCCCUCAGAAGCAGAACUUGAGAAAGUUCAGGGUAUUGAAGAUAUGAAAAAGGUGGAUGUACAUGGUUAUGGUCUCACCAUUCUCUUCAUGAGAACCGGCACCUCACCGUACCCUGAGGACCAGACUCGUGAAUUGAAAAGUGCUCGCAUGAGUUCUCCGGUGAAAAGGUUAAAAGGAAAGAUCUACAUAAGAAAAGUUACACUUCCUGAUCUACCUGAUACUCUGCUUGGUAAACUCAUCCUGGAUUGUUGCGAGAAUGCCGAGAAACGUCCAACAUUUGCUAAAAUCCUGAAGACUUAUUUCGGGAAAAAUGAAAAUCCAUUCAAUUUGGCUGAGAAAGGAGAAUUCUUUGAAUGUGGUUUCCUGAAGGAUACUCAGAUAUUUGUGGCAGACUCUAUGGUUGAAGACACAGAGAUUAAAAAAUACAAGGGUUCGGAAUCACCACCUGGCUACAGAAGAGAAGAUCUGAUCUGUGGUGUGGAGAUUGUCAACAAGCCUUACCAUGAUAAACCGGAUGAUAAGGAGGAACUCAGAAAGAAAUAUUUGGAGCACUACAGAAAAUUCUGUAAACAGGCGAAAGCAAAGGAGAUAGAUGAUAAUCCAGCUGUUGCGUUAAGUAAAGUCAUAACAGAGAGAUCUGGUGAUGAAGAAACGCAGAAAGUUGAACUGGAAUACAAGGAAAAGACAUACUGUCACCAUCGAGCAAUGAGAGAAAUCUGGCGUGAUUUUGAUACUCCAGAUAAAGUAAAACUGUUGCCAUGUUUGAGUGAGGUCCACCCAUUGUACAGCACUUCAUUUGGACUCCAUGUUGCUAUACUUACCAAUGAAGGACCUGGCAACACUAAAAAGUUUGUUUUCACAAGAAGAUCUAAUAAGCCAGGUAUGGCGACUCCGGGAUCCUACACAUGUGGGGCAGUAGAGAGUUGCUCUAUUAAAGAUUACUUGGAUUGUGAGAAAACUAAAGAAUUCAUUGCAAAGAGAAGAGCUUUGAGAGAAGAAGAGAGAAAUAAUGAGGUUUAUGAAACUGCAGAGGAAAAGGAAGCAGCUGAAAUAAAAGAACAGGAAGAAAGGGAAAGAGAAGAACAACUUGCGUAUGUGUCUCUAGUUGAUACUGCUGCAAGAGGAUUGGAAGAGGAACUGGGGUUGCCUCUUCAAGGAAAUGACAAAGACGCGAUCACCUUGAACACGAUUUAUCUGAAGUUUGACAAUCAUGAGUGGGGGAUGUGUGGCUUUGUCGAUUUGACUAAUGAAAAGAUUCGUGAAGAAAACCGGUUCAGCUUUUCAAAAUUGAACGCAGCAUUUACCAGCGGUCCUAAAGAUAAAUUUGAGCAUUGGCAAAUCCAUGGAGUUGAUUUUGAGCUCCGUACUAUGGUUGAAUGGAUACGAGAGAAUCAUGAUAAACUUGCAAGCUCAGCAAAAAUUGUUGUUGUCAAAGUUCUUCAAGCUUUCUUUGGUGUUGCUGAUGUUAUUGAUGCCUUUGAAAGGAAAAUGUCCUAAAAUGGGUCAAACUCAAGUUCAUGUAUCUGAAAACUAAUACCAGUAACUAGCUAACUAAUCACACACGGACUGGUAACCGGGCGAGAGGCCGUGGUUCGCCAUAUGGUCAAGCCGUCUUAUAGGCUUUCCUUUCCCCUGGGAUAAUUAUAUAAAAAAGCUAUUUUUUCUAUGCCUUUCAGGAUUCGUCUUUAAAAUUCCAACAAUUACACACCAGGGCUUCCCAAACUUUUUUAAGCUUGCGACCCCCCCCCCCUCCUCCGUUUACGCGAACCCUUGUAAGUCGGCAUUGUUAUGCAAUCGUUUCUCUGAUCUUAUGUAUUUUCUCGAAAUCGUGAGACUUAAGUUUUGCACAAGUCUAAAAAAGUAUGAUAGAUAUAGUUCUUUUUUGCGACCCCUAAAGUUCGUUUUGUGCCCCCCCCUGCCCAUUCGUGACCACCAGUUUGGGAAGCCUUGAUUUAUUCAAUACUAUAUACUGCAAUGAUCCCAAUUCCUCAUUAUAUUUGGUUUAUAUUUUGACACCAACAUCAUGCAAGAAGGCAGGAACAGCUUUCAGACUUUAAAAUGAAAGCUAUUAUUCUAUUUGAAAGUGAAAAUCCGUCUUGAUGACUGACAAAAUGAGUAGCUGUGUUACUGAAUUUUUUUUCUGUUUUUCUAGCGGCUACCCUGUAUAUACUGCAAUAAUCCCAACCUUUUCAACACAUUCCUUGCUUUGCCCUUAUGUAAACUUCUUUUCUCCAGCGUCCCCGAUUACCUUGCUUACUAUGCAUGAAAUAUUCUAUUACCAUUUGUUGCUUGUUCUUUAACAGGUUGUUAGGCAGUGAUGUUCACAACUUUCUAUCUGGUACAACUUGAAUAGUUUAUAAUGUGUGACUAAAUAUUCAGUAAUCGGUAAUUUAUUUUUUUCGCCAUGUUAAAAAAGCACUUUCGACAUACAAAUUACAAUGAAUCAUAAAAAAUCGCAUUUCAGGGUGAAGGAAACGUGGAAACCAAUACUAGGUAUUAAGCAGCGCCACCCAUUAAGAAAGUCUAACAAAACAUGAUAAAAAAGUGAAAAAGCCGAACUAUAUAUGAAAAAAACAACACAAAAUACGUCUAGGCGACCUGCUACAUCCAGCAGUUGUAUGUUUCAACAAAAUUAAAACGAGAUAGCGAUCAGAGACCGCCGACUUAUCGAUCUAGCGGCGUGUAUCCUUCGCUGUGACUCAAUGGAGACACUGCGUGUCCUAUCACUAAUUAAUUAAUAACUCGCUAAUUAUACGACAUAAUUCAUCCAAAAUCAAUAGGCUUCUGGUCCGAGAUAUGAUGGA